CGAGUAUUGGCUUUCGACAAUGGUGGAAACGAAGUUCAGGUCUGUGCCGAAAAUACUGUAUACGUGAAAGUUUUGGGAGUAAUACAUUUUGAGGAGUAGAUAUUCACAGACAAAAACACAAUGCCGAUAAAAGAAACUUGGACUAGCAUCAUGCCUACGGCAUUUAAAACGCAGAAAUACUCCUCCAUACGGAGCGACUGUCUAAGUAAAGGAACCUUAUUUGAAGACCCCGAAUUCCCGGCAAAUAAUAAAUCAAUAUUCUACUCCAAAAUAGACACUGAAAUAGAAUGGAAACGACCCAAGGAGCUGUGCAAGGUCCCUAAGCUGGUGGUGGAAGGGGUCAGCUGCGAUGACCUUAAUCAAGGAGAACUUGGAAACACGUGGUUUGUCACUGCAUGCGCAAGUCUGGCGCUGGAGAAAAAGAUGUUCGACAAGGUGAUACCAAAUAUCAAAGAGCAGGAGUGGGAUGAGCGCGCGGAGAAGAACAAGUACAGCGGGGCCUUCCACUUUCACUUCUGGAGGUUUGGGGAGUGGGUGGACAUUGUAGUGGACGAUCGUCUGCCGACCAAAAACGGAAAGCUGAUCUUCUGUCACUCCAAGUCCCGAAACGAAUUCUGGAGCGCUCUUCUCGAGAAGGCAUACGCUAAGUUAUACGGAGACUAUGAAUCGCUGAAUGACGGCCGGGCAGCUGAUGCAUUGGUGGAUUUCACUGGGGGCGUGGCCGAAAAACUGCUCUUAACCAGACUUGAUCUGAAUGACACCAAGAUCGUCGAGCAGUUGUUUCAUAAACUGAGGGAGUCUAAUGAGAAUUCUGCCCUCAUGAACUGUAAUAUCGAGUGCCAAAGAACCGAGGUAGGCAAAGAGCUUCCGAACGGUCUGAUCCUAGGACACGGCUACAAUGUGACCAAGGUACUGGAAAUCAAAGUGGAGAAGAAGCUCCAGGGUGCGGUGGGAAAUAGCAAGUUGAUGAUGGUCAGACUGGCCAAUCCCUGGGGAACCAAGGAGUGGAACGGAUCUUGGUCAGACGAUUCUCCUGAAUGGUCCAAAGUCAACAAAACGGAAUGGGAGAAGAUGGGCCUGAAAUUCGUACAGGAGGGCGAAUUCUGGAUGUCUUUCGAGGAUUUCAUGAACAUAUUCACCAACAUCGACAUCUGCCACUUCGUCAAUACCAGUAUUAUUAGUAUCAAGAAGUCGUGGAGUGAGGCCCUAUUUCACGCAGAAUGGACAGUGUCCGGGAGAAAUGGCGGAAACGACUACGACUCACCUACUUUCCUGAGCAACCCGCAGUAUGUGUUUGACAUCAGUGCUGCCUCUGAUCGUGUGAUGGUGUCACUGGAACAGCACGACAUCAAACCUGGACGUCAGUCGCUUGGGAUCCAGCUCAACACUAUAGGAUUCCAUAUCAUGAAGGUGGAAGAAAACAGAAGAUUCAGGGUACAUUUAGUGGGAGAAAGGGUAUUCAGUUCGGAGUACUCUAAAUCCCGCAGCGUCUUUGGCAUUAUGAUUCUGCAGAAAGGCCGCUACGUGGUGGUACCUACCACGACGAGUUCGGAAGAGUUGGGACCAUUUAUGCUCCGACUUUAUACCGGAAGUAGCUCCGGAGCUAGGGAGUUGACAAUGGAAUGCCCGUCCAAUGGCUGUCCUUGCACUGCAAACUUUGUGCUGGUCUCUACGGUGACCAUUGAGAGUUGUUCAGAACUGGAGAUCCCUCCCAAAUCAAAAGUCAAAACAAUGGACCCGUACGUGAAAAUCAUUUGUGAAGGAGAAAAAGUUCAAAGUGCAACGAUUGGCAACAAUAAGAACCCAUCUUUCGGAACCAAGGCUACCUUUUACAGAAAGAAACCGGAUGUUCCAAUCAUAGUAGAGGUUUGGAAUUGCAACACAUUGGUCGAUGAUUACAUCGCCGAGGCCAAGAUAGAGGAGAACGGAAACGAGGACGGGAUCAAUAAAGAACUGAGUCUGUUCGGAAGGAAGAAGGAGGCCGCCAUGGAAAAACCCGGGAAAAUGAAAAUUCACAUUUGUUCCAGUAACGAUCUGCAGUACCUGUAACUUCUCAGUGACUCUGAUCGAGGCGCUCCUUUCUGUGCGAUCUAUCAACUCAUCUUACAAACACGUUAAGGCCAGCAGCUCGUUAAGCAGCUGUUUAUGUUUUUAACAUGGUGACUGAUCAGUAUUCGUUUUGAACCCCCCUUAGUUAUGUGAUGAAAGAGAAGACUUUGUGACGUGCCGUGUUAUUUUGACGAAUUAUCUCAAUUCCGAUAUUGUAUGCAGAAGAAAAGAAAGUCUAUAACAUGUUAUUUAAGGUAACUUUGUGAUAUUCUUUAGAUAACUCCUUUUACAUUGUAUAUACAGUUUUCUAGAUGUUGUUUCAGAGUUUUACAAUUAUUUUGUCUCAUUUGUUGAAGCAUGUCUGUGAUAUACGAUAUAUCCGUCCCUUGUUUACAAACUCUGCAACUGUGUGGAGGUUUCGAGAUCCAUUUUAUGUAUAUGACUGUUAUCCUCUCCAAAUGGAAGAUAUUUCUAAUCAACGUAUUUGGUUUCAAUCGUUUUCUAUACUGUGAUAUGUCUAUGGAUCUCUCAAACAGUAAUCUACACUUAGUUGUCUCUCCAUGAAAUUGAUGUUUUAACACUGUUUACUCAUUUGUUAAGGACGUGAUUUAAACAUCACCACCAUAUAUGACAAACCGUCCUACAACCAAUUUGUUAAAGCAAACAUAGUGUUUGAUAUUGUCAGAUAAAUUAGAAUAUCCAUCUUUUAACGAGAGAACUAACUUUAUUAACAGUAUUUUUGACUAAUUUAUUUAUUUUGUUGGGUUUUUUUUUUUUUUAGACAAGAAUACAAUUGUUGACGUAUACAUAGUUGUUAUAAAUGAUUAUAUGAUACUAGUAAUUUCAUACUCUUGUUAGAUGUGUAAUCAUCCUUAUGUUGUUUGAAGAAUAUCAGAGGAUUCAUGUAAAAGAUCGAUAUUUUGUACUUUUCUUCCAUUCUAAUUUAUGGACAUUUUGAAAUUUUCUUAGUGUUAAAAUAAAACAUCCGAAGCAAUUA